GCCUUGAAGAGGAGCCUCCUCCCCCUUCCCGGGGGUCAUCGCGAGCGGCUGCUAGGACUUGUCGCGAGCGCUCGCCUCCGUUUCCGCCGCUGGGGCAGGAAGAGAUGACGGGCGACGGAGGCGCUUGAGAGGCAGCCAGGCCGGACGACCGAGCGACCGAGCGACCCCACCGGCCGCCAUGGCGGAGGAUUCGGAGCUGGAGAGGUGAGGCUGGCAGGUGGGGAGAGGCGCCGGGGGGGGGGGCGGGAGAAGGCGGAGGGUUACUCCUCGAAUAGGCGGAGGUGGGAAGUGGUGAGGCUCCAAGGUAGGCCUCGGGAAAAAGGGCUCCCUCGUUGCGCUGCGCAGAAGCUGCUUUCGUGAGUCGGUGGGCGCCUGACUAGAAGCGGACCCAGCGCCUUCAUUUAAAUCCAACGGGGAGAAGCGAGCGGUAGGGGGGGGGACCUCGGCAGGCCGACUUUAAAAAAUACCGUUUAUUACGUAACAAACAUGGUUCCCCCUCGCAGGCCGGCCUUGCAAUCCUGUAUGCGUUGUCUCCUUGGAAGUAAGCCCUGCUGAAUUCAACGGUGCUUACUCCCAGGUUGGGCAGCGUGUCUAAAGCUGCAGCUUUUUUCGGCCCUUUAUUUAUAUUUAUGGCGGAGCAAGCUUCAAGACAGACUUUGGAAUGUCGAGGUCUCGCAUUUUGUUGCCCUCCCUUCAAUCUUCCGCCUAGCAGUGACUUUUUUAUUAUUUUAUUAAUUAUCGCUGUGCAUCUCGAGUACUUGAGUACACGCCUAAUAUUUGUUGUUUUGUUCGUUUAUUUCGUUUAUAUCCUGCCCUCCCGGAGGAGCUCAUGGGUGGCAAGUACAUGUGUAGUAUAAUAAUAUUAAUAAUAAUAGCAAAUACCAUGAAAAAUAAAAAUACGUUUAAAACUGUUAAAAAAGCAACAGAACAUCUGUAAAAACAGAUGUAACUGAAUCAUAUGUCUGGAUAAAACUGCCAAAACGGAAGUGUUUUCAGUUGGUGUCUAAAAGUGCAGAGGGUGUUGCCUGCCUAACAUCAAUAGGCAGAGUUUUCCAAAGUACUUUAUAAAAAGGUAAAGGGUAAAGGGACCCCUGACUGUUAAGUCCAGUUGUGGCUGACUCUGGGAUUGCGGCGCUCAUCUCGCUUUAUUGGCCAAGGGAGCCGGCGUACAGCUUCCGGGUCAUGUGGCCAGCAUGACUAAACCACUUCUGGAGAACAAGAGCAGCGCACGGAAAUACCGUUUACCUUCCCGCCAGAGUGGUACCUAUUUAUCUACUUGCAUUUUAACAUGCUUUUGAACUGCUAGGUUGGCAGGAGCAGGGACCGAGCAACGGGCGCUCACCCCGUAGCGGGGGGUCUAGGCUCUGUGGUUUAACCCACCGUGCCACCUAUGUCCCAAAAGUACUUUAUAGGUACUGCCAAAUGCAGAACAUUCACUUCCUGGACUUCUAGAAGUGCAAGUUCUGCAGAUGAAAGUGAUCAAGUCUGUGUGGGGCAGUGGUGGAGCUUGGGUCUCAAAUUUCAGCGGCACCCUGUGCAACAUCAAAAUUUGGUGCCCCAUCCCCACAUCUCAUGCUCCAUUCUAAAGCAUAGUUGCAGCAUCCCUGAGGCUCUGCACCCCAUGUGACUGAACCAGUUGGGCUCUCCUAAACCCACCUCUGUAUGGGGUAAGUAAAUUUGUCCCAAGCCAUUCAGGGCUUUAUAUACUAAUAACAACACCUUGAACUCAGCCCAGCAGCAAACAGGCAGCCAAUGUACAUCUUUAAGCACAAGUGUAAUACAAUGACAGACUCUUACUCCUGUCAGCAAUUGUGCUGCUGCCUUUUGCACUAACUACAGCUUUCAAACGGAGCACGGGGGAAGCCCCAUGUGGAGUGCAUUGCAGUAGUCCAGUACUGAAGUUGACAAUGCCCAAACCACUGCAGUGAAAAGUAAAUUCCAUUGAGUUCUAUGGACCUUACCCCCUGGUAAAUGGGUUAAGAAUCACAGCAUUAGCAUAGCAGUAUUUGGUAGUGAAAGUAUAUAGAAUAAUUAAUGUAGUAGUAGUAAUAAUAAUAAUAAUAAUAAUAAUAAUAUUGUUGUCAAUAUAUUUAAAUAUAAUAAAAUAUUUAGGUAUUUUCCAGUACAGUCUUAUGCAUCUUUACUUAGAAGAGUAAACUGCUCAAUGGCUCUCACUCCAACAUCUCGGUGUGCUUAGAAUUGCAGGCUUUGUUACUUUGAGCAAAUUGAUGUUUCUAGAUCAGUUAGUGUGGACUCUGAUCCAUGCACGACUGUUGAGGUACAGGAACUCUGGCAUCAGGUAAAGCCUUGGUUAUUCACCCAGGCCUUUGCAGGAGUGUAAGGUCCAAUUCCGUGUGCUGCUCUGGUUUGCCAGAAGCGGCUUAGUCAUGCUGGCCACAUGACCCAGAAGCUGAACGCCGGCUCCCUCAGCCAAUAAAGUGAGAUGAGCAGCGCCACAACCCCAGAGUCAUCCACGACUGGACCUAAUGGUCAGGGGUCCCUUUACCUUUAAGGUCCAAUUACAACCUAAAAAGCAUGCAAUGUAUUUGCCUUGUUUUAGGUUGGUAUUUAUUUAUUUAUCUUGAAAGUGGCUCUUGCAGGGUGGCUAACAUCCAAAAUAAAGCCGCAUCAAACACAAUCUUAAAAUCACAAUUAACACCACAUCCAGUAUCAACAAAAUAUAAUGGGUUUAACAGUUAACAGCAUGAUAGAACAUGAAGAGGUAACACCAUUUUCGCUUAGGUUCUGAAGGCAUGCAGCAACAAAUAAAUUUUUAAUUGAUUCCUGAACAAUGCCAGUGUUGGGGGCAACUGACUUCCUAUAGGGAGUUCAUCACUAGGAUGCUACUGCCAAGGAGGCCCUGCAUGAUAUGGUAGCCCUGUGGACUGCACUCAAAGGUAGCACCAGCAAAGCCUCCCCAGGCAGUCUUAAAACUUGGGCUGGCUGGUAGUAGGAAGGUGAUCCUUCAAGUACUUUGAUCCUCAGCCAUUGAGUGCUUUGUACAUUAGUACCAAUGCCUUGAAUUGGGUCUAGCAGCUCACCAGCAGCUAUUACUGUUCUUUCAGGAUCAAUGCAAUAUGAUCCCAUCUCACUGCUCAACAACAUCCAGGCAGUGGCAUUCUGCAUCAGGCACAGCUUUCAGACCAUCUUCAAGGGAAGCCCCAUUUAUGCUGGCCAUUUAUGUAUAUUUUAUUGUUACCCACUCUGGAAUUGCUUUUUGAAAGACUUGAAAGGAAGCAGGUGGGACCAAUAGGUGGAUCCUGCAUGGAAACAGAUAAUGCGCUAGAUGGGAGUCCUGAAGGAUUUGGCAUCCAUUUCAGGACAUCUUGAAGCAAAGCUAAUAGGCAAGCCAGCAGUUCAACAGAGGUUCUAAUAUUACUCGCCUCAUGGCCUCAAAAUACUAAGUUAUGAUUCAGAGUUCUCUGGGGCAGUGACAGGCCCAUUCUAAGUGUAGCAUCCUCCUGUAUUCCUCGUCUUUUCCUAUUCACUUUGGUUAAGUGCCUGUGGAAUAAUCACAGCACUGCACUCACUUUAUCACCUUGGACAGUUAUCUUGGCAGUUGGGAUUUGGAAAAGCCUCAUGCAGGGCCUAGAACCAGGAGCCGAUUCUUGAACAGGUAGGGAGCUUAAGAACUCCUGGGGAGGUACAGAAGAUAAUGGCAUAAGAAGUCCUAAAGCUGGAUAAGGGGAAAAGGAGAAAGUAAUUGGGGCUGAGAGGUAGAAGCCUUCAAAGAAGGAUAGCAGGAUGGAGGGAUUUAAAUCAAAGCAAUUUAAAGUGGCAGUGGUAAAGACCAAUUUAAAUCAAAUUUCCUCUUAAUAACUGCAUAUGUUUGUUAAACAGUGGUGCAGAACUGACCAUUUUAAACUGUCUUGAUAUGUAACUGAAUAGACUCUUAUUUACUUCCAUCUGUUUGUUGCACUGAACACUUUUUGCAUGUUCCCUUUAUUUAAAACAUUCCCAUUUAGGGAAUAAAUAGAAAUAAAUAAAUAAAUAAAUAAAUGGAGUGAGAUUGCUUCUGUCCCCCAUUGGUGCUGAAUCUUUCCAUCCCAGUUUGGGUCUUUCUUCUGGAUAAACUGCUGUUUGAAAAUAAAUGGUUAUAUCUUGCAGGUCUGUAUGGCGACUCAUGCAAUUUAAGCUAUUAAAGAGAGAAAUGGCUAAUUGAAUGAGGAUAAACACCCUUUAAAUGCUUACUUUACAGUUUCAGUUUGUUUUGAUUCUAGAACAGUAGCUUUAAUGAGCUUGCAGUGGGUCAGUAGUUUGCACUAGCUUUCUUUUUCUAUCAACAACUGCAAAAAAUAGAUCUGCCAACAUUGGAAAAUUGAUCAAAUUUAAUUAUUAUUUUUAAUCUCCUUAAAUGUUUAGGAAGGCAGUGGAAGAACUUCUAACAGAGGCCAAGCGUGGGAAAACCAGAGCAGAAACUAUGGGAGCCAUGGGCUGGUAAGUUAUUGAAGCUAAACCAAUGUUGGUGUUUUUCUAAAAUAGAAUUUUUGGGGGGAAACGGACACUGUGUCUGCAAUCGUAAAUAUGUUUAUUAGACAGUAAGCCCCACUGGACAUGGUGGGAAAUAUGUUAUCUUGAACAUGCAUAGACAGCACUGUUAAUCUUCCAUAACUGAAUUGGAUGAUAAUCUUUUGCUGUUUAAUGCACAUGCAAGAAAUUCCAUUGAAAUUAAUGAGAAUUAAGUCCACGUAAUUCCUGUUAGAGCAAACAUUCAUUUUUCUGAAAGCAAACAUAGUCUGUUAUAGCCAGUGACCAUGGAUCAUGCUAGGCAAACAUUUUUACACUUUCUUGGCAAAAUACUCCUAUGUUUCUGUGCUGUUGAAAGUAGUAGAACACCCCAGUGCACAAGCAUUCCAUUAGUUGCUUCAAGAGGUGUCCAACUCUGCCACCAUUCCUUUUUUUAAAUUUUUUACCUUUUUCCUUAUCCGUUGAGAUGCCUCAAGAAACCAGCAGAGCUUGUUUCCUCCCUACGGAUUAUCCAAACCCAAUGUGGAAGCAAGCUCUUCUAGAACUUCUUCCAUCUCAUUCCCUUUCUCUAAGAUAAAUAACAGGCCUUGAGGCAGGGGAAGAGAAAGGUGGUUAUGUCCAAAGGUUCAAGGUGAGCUGGCUCUUAAAAAACAAAAACAAAAACUUUUUUAAAAAAGUUGUCAGAGAUUCCUAACAGCAACAGUGUGAUUUGAUGCGCAGCAUAAAUUGGACUUAAAUAUCUAGCAACUGCUUAAAAGUGUAGAAUACGCAGGGUUUCUUAAUUUUGACAUAUUGAAAUAAUUGUUUCAAUGAACCCUGCUGCUUAAAACUGCUUUAAAGCCUGUUCUUAAUCAAGGUCCCAAGUUCAUAGCAUUCUUGAACUGCAUUUCUGUAUAUGAUGAUUUUCUUAUUAACUUGCUUUGAUGGGCGGUGACUUUCUGCGGUCUCAAGCAAAAGUCCUUCCUAGCUUUGCUUUGUAGCUGAAGUUGCCAGGAAAUUAACCCAAAACCAUUUGCAUGCAAAUAAUGUGUGCUACCACUGGCACACUUUUUUUUAAUAAAGAGUGGACUUUCUACCAUCUGCAGAGCACUCAAGCAAAAGGAGUAUUCAUGUAGCCUUUUACCAAAGAGGAGGAAUGGAAAAUGCCAACAAGGCACCACCAAUACUCUCAACUCUUUAGCAUUUUAAACUGUCUUGGGGCUAUGGAAGACGACAAUAGAAUACAAUUUGUAGCUCAUGUGAUGUUUUUCUCAGGUGUGUGGCUGUGAAAUCUGUGUCAUAAAAUAUUACUAUGUUAUCUUAAUAUAUAUCUCCUCUGUAUAGAAUCUGGCUGUUGCUUUGAAGCCAGUGUUAAAAGGCAAACAUCUUGAUUGUUUCUUUCUGUACUCCAAGUUUACACUAGGUGGCAUGCAAGGAAAGCCAAAAGCGUGUUGAGCUACUUGAUUUGGAUAUUCGCAGCAUCUGUGUCUCUUGUGUGAGAUAUUUAUGUUGUUCCUUUCUAAUGCAGGAUGAAGUGCCCUCUUGCCAGCACAAAUAAAAGGUUUCUGAUUAAUACCAUUAAGAACACAUUGCACUCCCCGAAGGAGCAAGAGCAGGGACAAAACCAUCAAGAAGACGAUAAGGAAUCUGAACCAAACCAGAGCAGGGAGGAAAGCAAGCCAAAGAGACACAGAUCCCACCCAUACAAACCUAGCUUUCGGUCCAGAAGAAGGGUAAGCUCUUCUCCUCCUAGGCACCACCGGAACAGGAACCAGCACUCAAAGGACAAGCAUGAACAGCGAUCAAGCAAAUGAGGAGGAACCCGUGCCAUUCCAAGAAUGAAAUUAAACACUGAACUGUUUGGGUGGGUGGGUGAGAAUGUUUAACUAUUUUGUAAUAGAGGGCAUUGUUCAGUACAGAUGUCCAUGUUGGCAACAGCUUUUUAGAGACAAGCAAAUCCCGCUUCUCAUGAACUUUCUUUGAGGAGUUCUUGUAUUCUUUAAAGUUGUCAGUGUGUUCCUUCUGUUUCUCCUCCUGCCCUCCAGUCUUCAACCAAUUAAAGUUGUUACUUUGUAUAGUUGUAACAUGUUUAGUGCUUUGCACAAACCGUUUGGAAACAAUUUAUUUAGACAAAUAUACACAGAGGUGUAUUCGGUACAUGGUAAGUUAUUUUGCUUCCCAAUUCCUUCAAGGAAGCUACUAAAUCUUAGUUUGAAAAAGCAAAAAACAAAACAAAGAUACUACAGGUACAGAAAAUGUGAUAUUCUUCUUGGCCUGCACAUAGAUGAAUUUGAAUAAGUUUACUGUGCUUGUAACCUGAAAUUGACUGAUGUGGCACCUGGAUAUUACAGAUAAGUAAAUGCAGGUUAGGCUAAAUGUAUAUUGGUAAACAAACUACCCAGACUGAGUGACUCUUGUGUCCAUGUGGGAACUCCAGUGCCCACAUGGAACUCUGCAUGAACAAUAGAUCCUCAUUCCCUUCAAACUUGGGGAGAAGGCAUUGGACAUGUUAUUUGUUUAUGUGCACAGAAUAUUUCCCAAUACUGAAGUGAAUGCUGGCACCCUUUUUUGACCUAGAGUUGUGUGUACACUUGGAACCUGUGAAAUCACAGCUGUGGGCUGGAUCUGAAAUUGGCUUUCAUUGUUUUGCAUCCUUUGGUGUAAAUGAUGAUUUGUGAAGGAUCAAUAAUGAAUGCAACUGCAUGGGACAUCUCUUGAAUGGCAAUGGAAUGAAAAGUCUUGAGGGAUACAUUUUUCAUCAUAAAUUGCUGAAUGCUUUUGCAAAACAAUACAGACAAUUGCCACCUAAAGUCUGACUGCUGUUUAGUUACAGUUGUAUUGGUCAAGUUCUCAGUGUUUCCUUACAUGCAGAUAAUUGAUCCUUGUCAUUUCUCUAUUAUAUGGAAACAUUAACAUUUAAAUCCUUAGGCAAAGUUGUUUGUAUGGUUAAGCUGUUUUCAACCUUGGGUAGUUUUCCUGAGUUAACAUUAAACUUGAACUGUGUUACUAAAAUGCAUUGUGUACAUUUCCUUUAUAUGUUAACAGAUUCAUCAGUCUUUGGGAAUUAAUACACAUUCUGUUGCCAAAGAUAAACAAAACACAUAUUCAGAUUAUUAAGAGUACUGCAAAUGGUCAUCCUAGAACUUGUUUCUUGGGGAGAAAAAAAGAGGUCUUAAGCUUUGAAAUGUUAACUUUAAAAUAGUUGUUUUAGUACAGUCUCAGUCCUUAAUGUACUCAAAAGCACUUAAUAGCAUAAAACAAGCCUGCUGGCUCAAGCCAAUGACACCUCUAGUGUCAUUCUGCUCUCACAGUGACCAGAUGCUGAUGGGAAGCUCCAAACCAGACUAGAGAACACAGCAUUCUUCCCACCUGUGAAUCCCAGCAACAGUACUAACCAUUCUGGCUGGGAGUCUCUGAUAGCCCUCCCUUUUAUGAAUUUGUCUAAUCCUCUUGUAAACAGGCCCCAAUUAACUGAUGAUGGCAACAAAUAAACAACAAGCUAGCAAUCUUCUUAACCGAGUUAGUCAAUGUUUUUAUAUUAUAUGGGCAGAAAUAAAGUAUUCCUGUUACUAGUACCUUAAAAUUAUAAUCAGUAAUAAAGCUCUGUACAGAUAUUUAAAAACAAGGCAGUCCCUUGGCCACAGGGUUAGGAUCUAAUAAGACUCAACACAGAAGGAAAAAUGAAUGGGGAGGGAAGCCAGCAUGCUGACAUGGGUAUUUAUUUAUUUUAAUCAUUCUAUCCUGCAUUUCAUCCACUAGAGCAGGCUAACCUGUGGCAUUUUAGAUGUGGAUUACAGCUCCCGUCAGCCUCAACCAUCUGGAAUGGUGGGAGUUGUAGUCCAACAACAACUGGAAGGUUACAUUGCAGGAGGUUGGACUAUAGAUUACCCUUGGGGUCCCUUCCAACUCUACAAUUCUAUGAUUCUAGGUUGGCUACCCUUGCAGUAGGGGAACUAAAAAGUGUUAACCAAGAAGAAAUAGAAAAUAAGGUGGUUGUUUUUAAAAUCACAACAACACUACAGUAAUGGUUUAUUGGUCCAGCCUUCUCUCUUAAAGAGUCAGAUCUUCAGCAGGUGCCUGAAGACACAUAGCAACAUAUCAUUACACAGCAUCUACUUGACAGCCAAUAAUACCCUGUUCCUUUUUUCUCCUGCUGAAUCUCGGUCAAGGAGACCCAAAGCAGGACCUUGGAUAUUGAACGGAGAGUAUGGGAAGAUGUUAUGAAAGGAAAGCUCAGAUUUAUCUCCAAGGGGAGGCACAAAAAAAUGAGAAGAAUUUUUUAUAGUGUUGGAGAGACAAUAGGGUCUUGAGGGCGAAUCUUUCAGCACUAAUGUU